AUGGACUUCAUCGUUCGAAGUAUACUGGCCGAUUCUGAGGUUGACCCAGGCUUUAUAGAUGCCGAAGAUAUGAAUCGGAUUUAUCAAAACCCUUUAGCGAGGUAUACAAUGCAAUUUCUCGAACAUAGUAAGCCUCUAAAAAAAGCCAACGUUACAAAAUACCGGGAUUACGUACUGUCUAAAGGACCCGCCAUCGACAUUCCGGAUUUACCUAAAUGCAAUCGAAAGGCCGCUGAAGUACGAAAUGCAGGCAAUCGCCUGUACCUGAAUCAGCAAUUCAAAAAAGCUCUAGAAAAGUACAAUGAGAGCAUUUGUUGGGCUGAGAACAAUUCGGAGGAGCUGGCCAUGUGUUAUGCCAAUCGGUCGGCUGUCUACUUCGAACAAGAAGAAUAUCAGUACGCUUUAGCGAAUAUAGCCCUCGCUAAAGAGAACAAUUAUCCGCAACGGUUUAUGCCAAAGUUGCUGGACCGUAGGACGAAAUGUCUGGUUAAAAUAAACAACUCUGAAGGUCUAGAUACUGUUCCGCAGGUGCGACUUGCGUUCAAUGUCGAUGUUAACCGAAAAAUUCCUCACCUUGCAAAAGGCAUCCGUAUGGAGGUUCUCCCGACUUACGGAAGAAGCUUGGUCGUCGAGCGUGACUUUAAAGCUGGCGACGUUAUCCUGCAGGAGAAGUCGAUGAUGGCCUCCAUCAGUACGGAACUAAAGUAUCUGAAUUGCAACUAUUGUUCGAUUGAAAACUUCCACAGUCUUCUUCCUUGCCCGGAUUGCGUAUCCGUUAUGUACUGUAGUGAACAGUGCAGGCAGAAGGCGCGAAAGGCGGGUCAUCGCUUUGAAUGUGGCAUCGCGGAAAAACUGUUGCAUAUUUCGCACGGCACCAGCCGGUUCUAUAUGGGGCCAAGGAUGUUUUUCUAUGGUUUGUCUCUGUUCAAUGACGAUUUGGAUGAGAUGAUGGCAUUUGCCUCACAACAGUCCGACUCGGGCAAUGCUAAUCCGCUGUCUCUGGACUAUAAAAACUACGAUGCACUGGAGGAGUUCAAAAUUUUUCACCAGGUUAAAUUGCCUGUCAAGAAAUUUCGCUACGAAAAUUUGUUCCGUUUCUACUCAGCAAUCUACUAUUCUAUCUACAUAAAGCAUCCUCUAGUAAAGUCAAUUUUAACAAAUCGGUCAAAGAAAAAUUUCAUGCUGAAAUACUUUUUGGAUUACAUGAGAAUUGUCGGCUUUCUAAUUAUCGGCACUCCGGAGCAAUGGACGAUCCAAUUGCAGUCGCUCGCGUCGGUGUGCAAUCAUUCGUGCGACCCAAACACUAUGGUCACGUAUUUUUCCGGCCAGCUAAAGUUCGUUGUGAUACGUCCGAUUACCAAAGGUGAACAAGUUUUUGUCUCGUAUGGCCCACUGUUCGGAAAACACGAAGAAGAUGAGCGCGAAGAAAUGAUGGAAAUUUUCUACUUCGUCUGCAAUUGUUCGGCCUGUGAUAUUACCAAAAUUGAUGCGUGGCUAGCGUCAAGUAUGCUUUGUCCACCAAUACCAAGGAAACACAUUGACGUUCUGCGAAAAACGUUGCGGAAAGACGAUAUACCCGAGGCAGCCAAAAUGAAUGCCAUACAGCAGUUUGUCAAGCGACAUGCCGCUCGUCAUCCGGAGGACGAUUUCCUGUCUGCACUGCACAUGUACCGGCAGAUGCUGUACGUAACCCAUAUGAUGGAAAUAAAAGCCCAGCUGCGUGCCAACAUCGUUUUGCCCGUUCAAUCUGGCACCGAAGAAGAAGGAAGUUCUGAAUAUAAUCCUCCAGAAAUGUUGGGAGUACAACAUACCCACGCAUCGUAUUUUCGUGGAUUUCAGGGCAGUGAACAGGUAGAUGGUAUGGUAGAUAAUCCACGAGAAUGGUUUUCCGGACAAACUGACGCAGCUGAUCAAUGCUACCUUAGAGCGAGUGAUGUGCUACAGCAACCGGCGAUGCAUUAG